CUCGAUGUUUGGUUUCCAUAUUUAGCCUGCGGCUCAACUUGCGGCCAAGCGAGUGGUAACAAUCCAAGAUGCUUCAAGACGAUCGCAUCGUUGUCGCCCUCAUGGUCGUCUCGGCCUUCUUCGGAUGCCUUUCGUUCCUCGUCGUGUGCGGCCUACGAGUGCACAUGGUAUGUGCGAGCAAACAAGUCUUGGCCACCAACAAAACUGCAUUGCUGCAUCUGCCCCCUGCCGCCCUCUCGCCGUGGGAACUACGCCCACCUACCAGUGCCAACAGUCACGCAAUAGUUUGACAUGCGGGAUUUAAAGCCCCCUUAAUUUACCUGUCCAAGUUAUGAUGAUUAUGGUGUACCGUCUACCACGCUUGCGGCAUGCCAGGAUGACGGGUAAAAUAAUCUUGCCUUGAGUUGUUUG